AUGCUACUGGAUUGGAAGGCUUGUAAAGAUGUAAAAGAGGCUCUCUGUAGAUGCUUAUUCAAAAAAAAUCAAAUAGAAGCUCUGGUUCCAAACAACAAAAAGAAAAGGCUUACUAUCAAGAAAAGAGCUCAAUAUUGUGCAAAAACUAAAGAUGUGUGGGAUAUUUGGUUACAUGCUUUAGACUUAGCUGUGCCAAAAAAUAAUACAGAUAAAGCAAUUGUGGCAGCCAGUUCUUGUAUUUCACAAUUUCAUAGAGAGUUAGCAGAAGCUGGAGUUGGUUCUGAGCAAAUUUAUAUAUAUGCCAAAUUACUAAAAGAAGGACUUAGAAGAAUUCAAAAUAUCAAUACUACUAAAAUCUCUACUAUGCAAGAUCUUGCAGAUAUAAUUAUGAUGUCAAGUAUAAGACCCGCCGAAGUUGCCACUCUUUGUAUUAUCUAUUAUGAACCUGGAGAAGCAAAAAAUAAUCCCAAAUCUCAGCAAUUUAUAUCUAUAGAAAAGAAUCCAGAAUGUGCAAAAGAAUUGCUUACCUGGAUCCAAGAUGCAAUAGCAACUAAAAAGUUAUGCAAUCCUGUCUAUAGUAUUAAUAGAAAACACAGUACAGGAGUAUUUAGUAAAUUUUUAAAAUCAUAUAGUAUUACAGCCAAAAGAUUAAGAAAAAUAGGAGGAAAGCAUGCUUGCAAAGUCUACAAUAGUUCAAAUCCAACUCAUCAGCAUCUUGAUCUUUUUAACAGAAUAGCAUUGAGGCAUAAGAUUGUUUGUCUAGAUGCGAAAAAGAAUUAUGCUAUAGGCAAUAUAGAAUCAGAAGACUCUGACCUCGAAUCCGAAUCUGACCAAGCGCCCAGCCCAAUCUUUGAGUCUCAGGCUGUAUCAUCCCAGCCUAAAAACAAUAAUUCUAAUUCCUUCGAAUCUUAA